AUGGAAGUGCAGACAACCUCCUUGGCUUGGAUAUAUGUUAACAGCACAGAGCAAGUGAACAUUUCAUAUGACUACAACACUACGGAUUUGUUUGAAAACUCGGACACGUACCAAUAUUACAUAAUUGGCCUCUUCCUCUCCUGCCUUUACACCAUCCUCCUCUUCCCAAUUGGAUUUAUUGGUAAUAUCUUGAUCCUGGUGGUGAACCUGAACCACAGGGAGAAGAUGACCAUCCCUGACCUUUACUUUGUUAACCUGGCUGUCGCUGACCUCAUCCUGGUGGCAGAUUCCCUCAUCGAGGUCUUCAAUCUGAAUGAGAAGUAUUACGAUUACGCUGUUCUUUGCACCUUCAUGUCCCUUUUCCUGCAGGUCAACAUGUACAGCAGCAUCUUCUUUCUUACAUGGAUGAGCUUUGACCGCUAUGUUGCCUUGGCCAGCUCGAUGAGCAGCAGCCCCCUGAGGACUAUGCAGCAUGCCAAGCUCAGCUGUGGCCUCAUCUGGAUGGCCUCCAUCCUGGCCACUCUCCUCCCCUUCACCAUUGUGCAGACACAGCACAGGGGGGAGGUGCACUUCUGCUUCGCCAAUGUUUUUGAGAUCCAGUGGCUGGAGGUAACCAUUGGUUUUUUGGUGCCCUUUUCAGUCAUUGGUCUGUGCUACUCCCUGAUUGUGCGCAUCCUCAUGAGGGCCCAGAAACACCGUGGACUGUGGCCACGGCGACAGAAGGCGCUGCGCAUGAUCGUGGUGGUGGUGCUGGUGUUCUUCAUCUGCUGGCUGCCGGAGAACGUCUUCAUCAGCAUCCAGCUGCUGCAAGGUACAGCUGACCCAGCGCGGCGGACUGCUACCACGCUGUGGCACGACUACCCUCUCACGGGCCACAUCGUCAACCUGGCAGCCUUCUCCAACAGCUGCCUCAACCCUAUUAUCUACAGCUUCCUAGGGGAAACCUUCAGGGACAAGCUGCGUCUCUUCAUUAAGCAAAAGGCCAGCUGGUCUGUACUCAACCGCCUCUGCCACCACACCCUCGAUUUACACAUCCCUGUCAGGAGUGAGGUGUCAGAGGUGUGA